CGAUAAUCAUUACCACGCACACAAGGGCAGGUGCGCCGAAACUGACAGGUUUUCGCGUUAUAUUUAUCCACAACUCUCCCACCCACUUUAUCUGACCCCUCCGUGCUUCCUUCCUACCCUUUCCUCCCACCUUCCACCUUCCUCCCAUUCCUCCCGACUGAAACCGUCCGCUACAAAAAGGUUCCUCCUCCCCCUCACCUAUACCUCUCCUCAUAUAUAUACAUCCGUAUAUAUAUACACAUAUAUACCCAUAUACAUAUAUUUUAUAUAUACUGUACCUUUCCUCGGCCGUCGACUGCCCACCUCCUUCCUUCCCGUCAGCAAUCAAAGCAAUCAAUCUGAAAAAAAAAAGAGUGGUGGCCACGACCCCUCCUCUCCCACCAGUCCAAUACCCGACCACCACACUCUUGCCUGGAAUUCCGGCCGCCGCCCUUAUUACCUUUCCUUAUCCAAGGAAGAUCACCUCAUAGUAUCCUCGAGAAAGCCCCCUAGAGAGAGCUCGAGCGUCUUACGUGCAACAUCUAUCCGUUUACUUCUUAUCAUGAGCUGCAAUUCCCCUCGACUGGAUUCUCCUCUGUGGAGAGACCUUCAUACCCUAUCGCCGUCACGACCGAUAGUACCAACAACCCAACCCGCAAACCACCCAGCCUACUCCAACGCCGACGACGCUUACACAUAAGAAGUCCCCAAAAUGUCAUCCUCAUCCGAUUCCUCAGACUGGGACUCCGACUCCGACUCCUCGGACUCCCAGCCCAGCACCCCCAACGUGCGUUUCGCGCGCCGCCCCACGGUUCCCUCCUCACCGCCCGAGACACCCACCACCUCUUCCUUCCCGCUUGGCGAGCCUCCCCACCCCGCCUCUCGCCCCGGAAUACGCAAUUUCUCGCGGCCCCUCCCGCCGACCCACGACGAGAUCCGCCCCGUCGGCCAAGGCCACAACUUCACCUACAUCCCGCAAGUGCGACUCGAGGACCUCAGCCCUCGCUCCUCCACCUCCUCCUCCUCGCGCUCCUCCCGCUCAAACAGUCCCGCCCGCUCCAUCGACAGCGACAGCGACAAUGAGCACCCGACCAUAACCCAGCACGCCUCCAUCCAAUCCCCGCUGCACCACAGCACGCGCAGCCUCAUCCCAGCGAACUUCACACUCUCCUCCCUCCACGACACCGACUCAGACGACUCAGACGACGACGACCUCUCCGUCAUCCUCCCCGACCACUACAGCGACGCGGCCUCCUCCCGCGGCGCCCCCUCCGAACACUCCUCCUCCUCCUCCACCUCCUCCCAACACACCCCCCCCACCCCCUUCCCCGCCGACUCCAAAGCCACCCGCCUCGCCGACGAAUUCGAGCUCCUCGCCUGCGCCCCCCGCGACGACCACGACGCCUGGAUGAGCAAGCAGCGCCUGCUCAAGCGCAUGAAGCGGCUCAGCUCGGGGAGUAUACAUAAGCGCACGCUGAGCCAGAGUAUUGGUAGCGAGACGGACGACGAGGAUAUCAAGCCGUAUGAUGCGAAUGAGAUUGGGGCGAGCGCGAGCGGGCUGAGGAGGCUGAGGAGGAAGACGGGGGAGCGCUUGAGUCUUAUUUUCGAUGAUCCCCCGCAGAGGAUUGUGGAGUGUGAGGAGCCGGAGAGUGGGGAGGAUGAGGUGGUCCAGGAGAGAAUCCCGGAUAUGGAGGAGAUGCUUAUGUUGGCGCUGCCGUAUUAUGAGAUGGAUACGGAUAUGGGGUAUUAAGAAAACGAAAUACCCCACUACUGCCCGAGCCCUGGUGGCCUGAUGGCACAAAAAGCACACGAUCAAUGAAUGACGGUGCAAAAUGAUUUUAUGGAGGAUUUUUAACGAAAAGUUUACGGAUGGAUGGAUGGAUGGGGAAAAUGGCGGUUAUGAUCUUGGGUUAGUUACGACAAAUAGAAAUGGGGUCUCUCGGCGGCGCAUUUUGGGA